GUGCUUAUGUCAAUACGGCGCAAUGAACACUUUCAUACGCUAAUUUCUCGGAGAACGCGCGUGGUGGUGUCGUGUUGGUGUCGUGGUUGCGAAUCAGCAUUUAUUCGGGAAAUGCCAGAUAAAAGUAGGUAACACAUCUCAAAACUAGGAUAAAAAUAAAUGAGCAUUUAAUCCAGUAUUGAAUGGUAUUGUUCCCUCAAUGCUCAAUAGAGCUGAAGUUUGGAAAAUGAGUGAAUACAAAUUUGUUGAAAGACCACCAGACACACCAGAUGGUGUCUACUUCGACGAUCCGGCGCUGCCCGAGGGCUGGACGCGCAAGUGUGUGCAGCGCUCCACCGGCGCCUCGGCAGGCAAAUGGGACGUCUACGUUUACAACCCCAUGGGAAAGAAGUUCCGAUCACAGAACGAAGUGCGUGUGUACCUGGAGCAGAUCGGGAGUGACCUGGACCCGGCGCGGUUCUGUUUCAACGCGCACGGUCAGGUGGGCAUGCCGCACGCCCGCCGCCAGCGGGAGACCUCGUCUGUGCGCGUGCCGUCCCACGCCGCCAAAGCGCGCGUCGCCAAGGCCAUCAAGCUCGCCCGCGGAAUCAAAGCCAAGCCCAAGCUGCGGCCGGGGGCCAGCUCGGACGAUGUGCACCAGAAAAUCAAACUCAAGUUUAACUUUGCGCGGCGCCGGCUGCAGCCGGCCGGUGGACGGCAGCCCGGGCUGUCGGUCGGCCGGCGCUGGGUGCCACCCCGCUCCCCCUACAAACUGAUGCAGGAGACAUAUUACCACGAGCCUUGGAAACUUCUCAUCGGCACCAUAUUCCUGAACAGAACGACCGGCCGGCAGGCUGUGCCCCUCCUGGAGACGUUCUUUGAGCGCUGGCCGACCCCCGAGGCGGCGCGUGACGCCGACGAGACAGACCUGAUGGAGCUGCUCCGGCCGCUCGGCCUGGUCGAGCGCCGCUCUCAGUGCAUCGUGCGCUUCUCAGACGAGUUUGUAACCAAGACGUGGCACUACCCAAACGAACUGUACGGCAUCGGCAAGUACGGCAACGACUCGUACCGGAUCUUCUGCCUGGGCGAGUGGAAACAGGUGCGGCCGCAUGACCACAAGCUGAACCUCUACCACAACUGGCUGUGGACCAACCACAAGGCUCUGGGAUUGGCAUGAUGUGGUGUCCCGGUGAUAUGGUGACUGAUGGCGAGGGGACAAUGUAAGGAUGCCGUGCGGUGGCUGCGUCGGUCCAAUCGGUGGUCCUCAUAGCUGUACUUUGCUAGGCUUUUUACAAAGUGUACACCAGUCAAGAUAAUGUGCAUGUAUGUGAUCAUCAUUCAACAAGAUGCGUCUUGCAUGCUCGUAUCCAACGUCUGAGAUGGAUCAUGUUCCGUGUUCCCUAUCGUCAUUUUCAUAUGGGAAAUACAUCCAUUCGUGCA